CACCACGACGCGUCUCUCACAUGCUGGCCCCAGUCAACAAUCACCAUAAACACGACCAUUGACACCACAGCCACUGGAGCAGCCAUGAGCAAGCGCAAGGCCACCGUGAGCCUCGCAAUCCGACCGGCCACGAAAAAGGCGCGCGUACGCAAAAGCGCCAUCAGCGCACCGGCAGGCGACCUGUACGCGCAAGUUUUCGGCGGCGAAAACAACCUCGACGAUGUCGUUGCCGAGUGGGUGAGCAGCUUCCACAACCAUGAAGCUAGGGCUGUCGCGCAAAUUGUCAAUUUCGUGUUGAGGUGUUCCGGUUGCUCUAUACAGAUUGACGAGAAUGACAUUGGCGAUCCGGACAAUUGCCCGUCGCGGCUGGCAGAUAUUCAGGAGGAAUACCAAGCUCAAGAUAUAUCCGAAUACCCCCUCAUUGCGAAGAAAGGCGCUGCUGCUUUCAAGCAAGCACUCCAUGGCUUCUUCGUAUCGUUUGUUAAGAGCAUCGCGGCGAAUGGUCUCCUCUACGAGAACACCGAGCUGCUCGAGAACGUCCAAGUGUGGAUCAGUACCAUGUCCUCGGCAUCAAACCGUCCCUUCCGGCAUACAAGCACGGUCGUUUCUCUAGCCAUCAUCAGCGCGCUAUGCAUGGUCGCAGGCGAGAUCGUCGAGAAUACGGCGAAGAAGAACCGCCAGAGCGAAACUGAAUCGAAGAAAUCGCGCGUUAACAAGGCGCGAGUCUCGCUGGUGAACAAGGAGAUUGAAGAGCUCAAUCAGAAACUGCAGGUUGUGGACGGCUCAAUCAUAGAUUGGUUUGAUACAGUAUAUGUCCAUCGUUAUCGCGACGUGGACCCAAAGAUACGGGUAGAGUGCGUGGAGGCCUUAGCAGACUGGAUUGUGACAUACCCCGACCGCUUCUUUGAUGGCAGUCACCUGCGGUAUCUGGGUUGGGUUCUAUCCGAUCCCCAUCCGCCAACACGCGUAGAGGUCUUGAAACAACUUCAGAGACUCUUCCGGGACAGAGAUAAGCUGGCUGGACUCAAGACAUUUACCGAGAGAUUCCGGCCGCGAGUUGUCGAAAUAGCGACACACGACGCAGAAACGCACGUUCGCGCCGCCGCUGUUCAACUCUUGGACACUCUUCGAGAAGCUGGGUUCCUUGAGCCUGAUGAUGUUGACUCUGUGGGCAGGUUGGUGUACGAUGCGGAGCCUAAGGUCCGAAAAGCUGUUGUCGGAUUCUUCGCGGAGACGAUCAAUAGUGUAUAUGAGCAAAAGAUCGAGGAUAUGGGAGGCCAGGAAGCAGUCGACGAAGCCUUGGAGCAGGAUGACGAAGAUGAGGCACAACCAGAUUCUAGAUUGGAAUGGUUGAAGCUGAAGUGCCUGGUUGAACAACUCGUCGCUUAUGACUCCGAGGACAGUGAGUUGCCCUCCCAAAUUGAACGGCGAGGUCCUUCUGGGACCGAACUCGGCUUGGUUAUUGCGGGAGUUGAGUCGCGGUUCUUCCUCGCUGCGCAGGCGCUUUAUGACGCCAUUCCAGAGGUCAGAUCAUGGGAGGCCCUGGCACAGUAUCUGCUGCAUGACCAUUCGCAAACCGUGGAGAACGAAGCAGGUGAAGAUGUCGUCGGUAUGCUUCAGGAGAACUGCAAGCUUGACGAUCGGGAAGAGAUCGUUCUUCUGGAUGUUCUCACUGCAUCCGUGAAACUUGGCCUUCAGCGCCUUACCGAAGCAAAGAAGGACAAGAAGAAGAACAAAGCUGAGAAGCUAGCGCUGAAGGAAGAGGAGGCUGAGACAGUGAAAAAACUGUCAAAUAUAAUACCCCAGCUACUGAAGAAGUUCGGUGCGGCUCCAGAGGCAGCUUCUCUUUGUCUUCGUUUGGAGCGCCAACUCAACCUUGACAUAUUCCAGGAGCUGCGGCAAAACGCGGCACUGACCGCAUUAUUGGACGACGUCAAUAAGCAGUUCCUCACGCACCACCACGAGAACGUAUUAGACGAGGCCAUAGAGUCCAUUCUCCACGCGCUAACACACGAAGACUCCAAGGAGAUGGCCGAAAGUAAAGUCAAAGAUCUCUGGGAUGACCUCGUCAACUCUUUCGACCUGCUUCGCAAAGAUCGGGACCUCUCCGAGCGAGGCAACCUCGAGACCGAUGUUAUCAUCGACCUUUCCAACAAUGUCUUGAAGAUUUCCAAGCUAGCCAGAAUAUCUGAACCUGUGGUGCUCGAUCGCACGACAUCAGGUGCAUCGGGUCGAAGUAAACAGAAGAAAGCAGCGAAUGCGAAUACUACACCACCUGUUACAUGCCUACUGGAAAUUUUGAACCGUGGCGUCCCUACGCAAGGUCUUGAUGCUGAGCUUGAUGCUGCGGAAGAUGCCUUGGUUCGGCACACUAUGAACACACUACUCUUGUACUUCGUCUGGAAAUGCAGGCAUUGCGCGGAUAACAUCCAAUCCGGGUCAGCGAUCCCAGAUGACGAGCUUGAAGCAAUAGCAAUCCGACGGGACGAGUGUAUAACAGCCCUUGCGACUAUCAUGAAGAGCAGGAAAGGCGCGGAUGACAUCCGGAUGGAUGCUGCAUACUUGUUGCUGGACGUCUCGAAUUUGUUCUUUUCGUUAAGGAAGGCGAAAGCCACACAAGGUGAAGCGGCGAAGAACCAGACCAACGGCGACGCAAAUGACGACUGGCAAGCGCUGUGUCAGCAAAUCGACCCCCCGACUACGAGAAUGUUGCUCCAAAUUUUGGGAGCUGCGGAAAAUAAUCUUGCAAAGCGCACGGGGAAACGGGUCGAGGAGCCCGAUGUGGAGGAUGACCCUAUCGAUGUUGAUGAUGCCCCGGAGAGUAGCGAUGAUGAGGAAGAGACGCAACAGACGCAAACGCAAACUCAGGGUACCCAGAGUGCGGACGCUGAGAAGGCAGCUGAGGACAGGAAGGUUCGCGCUCUGUUGGCAGAGGGCCGGCUGUGCUUCUUGGGAAGCAGGAUGGUGCACGGAGUGCAAGUGGGUGCCCUGGGAGAUGAGGUUCGGAGAAGGCUGGAGAGGAACAAAACCAAACUGGGCCAUAACUGGAAGGAAGUAGUAACCCAUUUAGGAACUGCUGAGAAUUUGAAGCUGCCAAGGCCGCAGAGGGCGAAAGCGAAGAAGGCGAGGGCGAGGACAGUUACGCCGGUACAAGUUGGGUCGAGUGAUGAGAUCGAGGAAAGUGGAGCGGAGGAGUGAAUCACGUAGGGUGUCUUCUCAUUUCUGUAAGAUGUAUUUCUAGCGGCGGGUAUCUGUCGUGAUAGUACUAUGUGGAUAGGCAGGACAAUAAGAGGAUCGCAUUCCUCUGGGAAUCUGGGGCAAGAUGUUAAAACCAUACGAUUAUAACUCCAAUCAUCUGCCCCC